AUGGAUGCCAUAACAUUCAGAUUUUUGAUGAGCUUAGCAGCGUCUCAAAAUCUUGAAAUGUAUCUCAUGGAUGUUGUGACAGCAUAUCUAUAUGGAUCUCUUGAAAAUGAGAUAUAUAUGAAAAUCCCAGAAGGAUUAAAAAUGCCUGAGGAUUUGAAAUCAAAGGCUAAGGAGAUCUGUUCGGUCAGAUUACAGCGAUCACUUUAUGGACUAAAACAGUCCGGACGCAUGUGGUAUAAUCGCUUAAGUGAAUAUUUGUUGAGUAAAGAUUACGUCAACAAUGCGAUAUGCCCUUGCGUAUUCAUUAAGAAAUCCUCGUCAGGAUUUGUGAUUAUUGCUGUAUAUGUAGAUGACCUGAACAUGAUUGGAACUCAAAAGGAAAUUGAUGAUGCAAGAACUCAUAUGAAAGAAGAGUUUGAAAUGAAAGAUCUUGGAAAGACAAAGUUUUGUCUUGGGCUCCAGAUAGAGCAUUUCCAAGAUGGUAUAUUUGUGCAUCAGUCAAAUUACACUAAAAGAGUGUUAAAACGCUUUUAUAUGGACAAAGCAACUCCUUUGAGUACUCCAAUGGUUAAUAGAUCUCUUGAUGUUGAAAAGGAUCCAUUCCGUCCUUGUGAGGAUAACGAGGAAGUGUUAGGUCCUGAAGUACCUUACAUGAGCGCUAUUGGUGGACUAAUGUAUCUUGCAAAUUGCACUAGACCAGAUAUAGCAUUCGCUACUAAUCUGCUUGCAAGAUAUAGUUCGUCCCCUACGCGCAGACAUUGGAAUGGAAUAAAACAUAUUUUUCGUUAUCUUCAAGGAUCAAUUGAUUUAGGAUUAUUUUAUCCUAAAAACUCAAAAUGUGUUUUAGUUGGUUUUGCUGAUGCAGGAUAUCUAUCAGAUCCACACAAAGCUAGAUCACAAACAGGUUAUGUUUUCACAAUUGGUGGAACCGCGGUCUCCUGGCGUUCGCAAAAGCAAACUUUGGUUGCAACGUCUUCAAAUUAUGCAGAAACUAUUGCUCUCCAUGAAGCAUGUAGAGAGUGUGUGUGGCUCCGGUCUAUGACUCAUCACAUACAAGAAUCAAGUGGAAUAGUCACAGAGAAAGAGCCAACAAAAAUAUUUGAAGACAAUUCUGCAUGUGUCACACAACUCAAAGAAGGUUAUAUCAAGAGUGACAGAACGAAGCAUAUUCCUCCAAGAUUUUUCUCAUACACUCAAGAACUCCAGAAAAAUCAAGAAGUGGACAUCGAGUAUGUUCGUUCAAGUGACAAUGCAGCCGAUCUUUUUACAAAGGCGCUUCCUACUACAGUGUUCAAGAAGCAUGUUCACAGUAUCGGAAUGCGUCGUCUACAAAACUUGUGA